GCCCGGGUCAUUAUUUACUUUCAGUUGUACAACAGACAUAGAACAGCAAUUGAUUAUGGAGCAAAGACAGAACACCGACUUUGGAGGCGCUGCUUUCCCUACAAAUGUCGAGGAGUUUGAUUCCGACGAUCGUAUCUCCUUCUCGAAACUCGACAACAAAUUCCUUCUCGUACAAGACGACGGCACCGAAUUCGAGUUCGACGAUGCGAUCAAGAGAUGGAUUCCCGUUGUUGACGAUGCGUUACUCGAGGAGCAACAAAAGGCAUACAGAGUGUCAGGAGUAGAUGAGUCAGAGCCGGUCGAGCCGCAGAAGAAGAAGCGCAAGAAGGAAUACGUCAAUGGUGAAGAUGAAGGGGGUCGUGCACCAAAAGCACCCAAGAAAACCAAACCUCCGCUUCCACCGCGCGCAAAUACUGCAGUCUAUGUCACCGGCCUUCCCGACGAUGUCACGGUGGAGGAAGUACACGAGGUGUUCGCGCGCAAGUGUGGGGUGAUCGCAGAAGAAAUCGACAGCGGCAAGCCUCGAAUAAAAAUCUAUACCGACUCCAAGGGCGAAUUCAAAGGCGACGCCCUGAUCGUCUUUUUUAAGGCGCCCUCUGUUGAUAUGGCUAUCACCUUGCUCGACGAUACGGAAUUUCGAUUUGGGAACAAAUCCAAGAUGAGGGUCCAGGCAGCCGAUUCGAGCUACAAGAAAGUACAACAUAACGAGGGUGAGGAAGACAAAGAGAAGAAGAAGACCAGUAUGAAAGACAAGCAAAAGAUUAUCAAGAAAACCCAGAAACUUGAUGCACGAUUAGCAGACUGGAGCGACGAUGAGCCGUCAACGAUUAUGGAGACGAGCUCUAGGUGGGACAAAGUGGUUAUUCUAAAGCAUAUGUUUACUUUAGAGGAGUUAGCUGAGGACUCAGCUGCGAUACUUGACAUCAAGGAAGAUAUCAGGGAGGAAUGCAGCAAGUUGGGAGAGGUAACGAAUGUGGUUCUUUUUGAUCUGGAGGAGGAAGGCGUUGCCAGCGUCAGAUUUGCGAACGCGGAGGCGGCAAAGGCGUGUAUAAGCCUCAUGAAUGGAAGGAGUUUCGCAGGUCAACAAGUCGAGGCGUACAUCUCGGAUGGAAAAGAGCAAUUCAAAAAAUCGAAGAAGAAAGCGGACGACGAUGCAGAAUCGGAGGAGGACUGAGUUUUGUAUGAUACCAAUGACCAACGAUCACUUUGAUACACGAGCGCCUCUAUUAUAGAGAAAUAUAAUUAUGGAAGC